AUGCCAAACGGCUCGUCAUUCUGUGUAUUGGGAAGUCGUAGUAGCCCUCGGUACUGGCCAGUCGCACUAACUGACUGGUUAAUAGAGGCAGCGUAUAUGGCCGUCCUUUUAAUGCUUACGCUUUUCAAGGCAUUCAAAAUUUGGAAGGCAAACUUGUAUCGACGAGGAUUUUCCCUUGCGAAGACUCUUGUACAAAACCAAUCCGUCUUCAUUCUUCUAGCUGUUGUCUGUGCUACGAUUAAUAUAUAUCCGUAUUACAAAUCGGUAACAAGUCUUGCCGGGAUGGAAGUCGUUCACCUCCUUGGAAGCCAAUCCUUGCUCUGUCUUUUGAGCUGUAGAUUACUCAUUAACUUGAAGGAGUCGGGAGAGCGACAAGCCGAUGGAGGAACAGCAUGUCCAUCCAUUUUGGGAAGCACGAUUCGGUUUGCUAGUUAA